GGUCGGCAAUUCGCGUCCGGCAGGCAGCAGAGUCGAACACGAACCGAACAGAGCGUGCGUAAAGUGAACCGUUUGCCAAGGGGACUGCACACCGGAACGACCGCGGAAAAACGUUGCACACGUUUUUUUCCCGGCACCGCUUGUGUGUUGUUUUCCCGCACGGGGCCGAUACGAAGAAAACCCUCCCGGGAGGUUUACCGAGUGUGCGUGUGUUUGUGCGCGAGUGUGCGUGCGUGUGAGUGCCACUGGGCCCUUUCUCUGUGUAAGGAAGCUUAGUUGCAGCCCCGUUGUACAUUGGCAGUGUGCCGUGGAGUACGUUUCGGGUUACACCAGCGAUUGAGGCGUGAUUGUUUUCACCACACAUAAACACCGGCCAGCAUUGCCGGUGGUGGAUGCAUUUGUUAUGCGCCGCGGGUGGAUCUAGUGGCAUUAUCGUUGCUGUGUAAGCUACCAGGGGGAGGGGUUGGUGCUAGUGUCUGGAUAGUGCUACCGUCUGCUGGGCAGUGUGUUAACAGCACGUGUGUUGUGUAGCCGUUUCUAUCGCGCUCGUAUCGUCUGGUGAUCUAAUUUUGCAGCGUGCAGUGCGUUUUUCAGUUGCCAAAAGAAGAUGGUUUGAUAAUUGAUCGCUUACAAUUGGGUGCAUCCUAGGUCGGCUGCAGUUUUGUGUGCUGUGCUGAGGAGGUGAUCCGGCCGGGCGCAGUGACUAGUGCGCGCGUUGGUGGUGCAUUCGAUUGGAGCGCAGAAGUCAGCGUACGCAGCGGAAAUGAUGAAAGUGAGAUUGGCGGUUUAAAUCAAAACGGAAAAAAUACAAAAAGACACAUUAUCGCUACAAACAAUAAUUCGCUGUAGCUCAGCACAUUCCAGACCAGAGGUGCCAGUGUGUGUGUGUGUGUGUGUGUAAUUUAUCAAGACUUCAGCUCCGAACCGUACCUAAACCAAUCAAUCAAUCAAUCAAACAAGACGAUCGUUUGAUAGGUCGAUCUUUGGGUCGAUCGGGAUCGUACACGGCGAAAAGUGUGCGAGAGUGGAGUGGAUGUACGUGAGUUCUACCACUGUCUUGACCCCGGGAGAAGAGAAGCGCGGUGUUAAAUACGUCUUGCCCCAUUCAAUCGCAUCGAUGUCGAAGUGCAAAAAUAACAGACAGAAAUAAAGUAAAUAAAAAUCAAGUCAGCCCACCAGGCAGAAGAUGCGGGGUGCGAAAUGGCUGCCAAGAACCUUGACCGUUGAUACCGAACUGACAAGUGCUGGCCACUAUCGCCGAGAAUGUCGGCAUACCGUGGAUAUACAUUUUUGACGUUUUCUUUUCCUGCCAAGUGGCGUGAGCAUACAGCGGCUUGCGAAAGGCUAUUGUGCUGAGCCAAUGUUCAAGUGCGGUGAGAGAAAAGUGUGGUUCCAUUUCCAAGUGUUUCGCGUUGGUCGAAGAAGUGCGUGCGUUCAAGGACUUUAGUGGUCAGUUUUUGGGAACAUUUCCAUCCCCCCGUUCCAGGGGUUUUGCUUACUAGUGAACUUAGAUAGUGUAUCUGUGUGUGUGUGUGUGUGUGUGUGUGUGUGUGUGUGUGUGUGUGUGUGUGUGUGUGUUUGCAGCCAAAACAACAAGGACAGCGAGCAAAAUGUAUUGCCUUUGCCGAUCGUCCAAAACCAUCACGGUGCGGAUCGUGCUGCUGGACGAGACGGACUUUCUUCACGAACUGCAGGAUGAUCUGCCCGGGCAGGCCUUGCUGGAUGUGGUGUUCGCCCGGCUGAACCUGAUAGAGACGGCCUACUUCGGCAUCCGGUACAUCGAUCAGGACAAUCAGACGCACUGGCUCGAUCCGGGCGCAAGGCUCUCCCGCCAGCUGAAGGCGGGCAAGGUGCCGUACGACCUUUACUUUGGCGUCAAGUUCUACGCAUGCGAUCCCUGCAAGCUGGUCGAAGAAAUCACGCGGUACCAGCUGUAUCUGCAGGUGAAGCAGGACAUUCUGCAGGGCCGGCUGCCCGUGUCGUUCGAGCUGGCGGCCGAACUGGGAGCGUACGUCGUGCAGGCCGAGCUGGGCAACUACGAUCCACGGAAGCAUCCGCCCGGCUACGUGUCCGAGUUCCGGCUGCUCAACAACCAAACGAAGGAAAUCGAGAGCCGCAUCCACGAGCUGCACAUCCAGCUGGAAGGGAUGGCGCCGUCCCAGGCCGAGUUUAACUAUCUCGACAAGGUCAAAUGGCACGACAUGUACGGGGUGGAUCUGCAUCCGGUGCUGGGCGAGGACAGUGUGGAGUACUUUCUCGGCCUAACGCCCGGUGGCAUCGUGGUGCUGCGCAACAAAACCACCGUCGCCCACUACUACUGGCCUCGGAUAGCGAAGGUCUACUACAAGGGACGAUACUUUAUGCUGCGCGUCUGUGAUAAAAACAAUGAAGUUAGUACGUACGGUUUCGAGACACCAAAAAAGAGCGCCUGCAAGCAUCUGUGGAAGUGCUGCGUGGAGCACCAUUCGUUCUUCCGCCUGGUCCGGGUGGCACCGAUGCAAGCGACCGGCACGCUUGCCAGCAAGUACAGUGCCCGUUCGGAGCGUCAAUCGAUGAAGGACCUCUCAACGCAACAGCGUGUACCGCCCGUGUUCACCCGGACACCGUCCCGCCGACAGCCGCGGCGCGUCAUGAACGAUGUCCCGCCGACGACCGAGGACAAGAUGUUCGAUGCACCGAAAUACAUUCAGCAGGAAAUCAAAUCCAUUUCCAUACCUCAACCGGCGCAAUCCUUUGAGAGCCCUUACCGUUCUACUUGCAGCAUACCGGCCGCACUCAGUGGCGCUGGUAGUGGCGGUAAAUCGCAAGCAUCUGUUGUGCCGCCCGACUCGCCACGCAGUACGCGCAGCGCCCCCUGGAUGCGGUCGCAGCAGCGCGGCCUGUUCGGCAUCAACUCCAGCCCCAAGUCGGUACGGUCCGCUUCGACGCGCAUGAGCGCACCGGCCAACAACAACAAUGGCAGCAGCAACCACAACAGCAGCCGGAUGAGAUCGAGCUCGGUCGAGAGUCACUCGUCGAACGAGUCGCGCUCGGGCCGGCGACGCCGCCAUCGGAGCCGCCGGGUGUCGGACAACGAGAGCGAAAUGAGCCGCGGAUCGGGCCGCUCCGGCCGGUCGCACAACUCGCACCGGAAGCACCGGCGCCAUCGCUCCAAGAGCCGCCGAAACCGGUCGGACACGGAGAGCCGCGAUCGUAGCUACUCGGGCCACCGCCGGUCGACCGACUCGAUCGAGCUGGUCGACUCGGGCGAACAGUGGCUGGAGGUGCAGCGCAAGCAGCACUCGGACGCGGUACCGAAGGCGGCCGUCAUCAAGAGCAGCCAGGUGAUGAAGGGCGCCCAUCCGGACGCGGGCAUCAUCCAGCAUCAUCAUCGGAGCCGGCGCCACCGCAAGCACCGGUCGCCGUCGGAGAAGAUCUGGUCGAGCGAGCUGACCAAGCAUCUGCAGUUCGAUCUGGUCGACACGACCGGCAUGACCGAGGAUCAGCUGCGCGAGAUCCCGUACACGGUCGUCGAGACGAACCAUGCCGCCAAAAAGCCCAACACACUCAAGGUGCACAAGACUAGUCAUCAAUCGUCGACCUCGCUCUCGAGCCACCAGCAGCAGCACCAGCAGCACCACCAUCAGCACCAUCAGCACCAGCAUCACCAUGCGCUGCCGGCGCACCAGCACCAAGGGAGCAACAAUCGCAUCGACCGGAUACGGGACCCGUACGCGAAGGGUGGCGACGGUAGCCUGGUGGAGAACGGCAUCAACGGUGGAUCGAUACGGUCGGCAAGUACGAUCAGCUCGUCGCGCGAAUACGACCGCAACUCGGGGCUUAUAAGAAUGAUGUCCAGUAUGAGCAUGGGUGACUUCAUCUCGCCAACUGGAUCCAGCUUGAGUCCGCUCGAUAGCUCGGGACUGCGGGUGUCGCACGAGCAUACCGAUUCUGGCCUCGGAGCAGAUCAGGACUAUGCCUACUCGUCGGAAAGAUCCAGCGACAGCGCCAAGUACGGUACGAACAAGUCUUCCGGAGCGUCCGUGACGUCAGGCCAGACAAAGUCCUCCUCGUCCAACACGAUGAAGUCGCACCAUCACACUAAUGGAAACAUGCACAGCGAGGUGAACUCAUCGCCCACCGGCCAACCAGUCGCGGUGGUCAACGGUGGGCCGCAGGGUGGACAGGGUGUGCGUAACAGUCCGACCAAAGUCUCCGCCGAUACGGCGGGAUUAACCAAAGCUCGACCCCAGGUCCGAUCUAGUCCGGCACGGUUCGGUCUCGGUAAGAACAGCAACCAUCGUUCGUCCAGCUUAGAACUGAUACUAACACCUAUCAUACAGAGCCGACGGGCCCAGUAAUUAUGGGUGAAAUGAGCACGGAAUUAUAAAUUGUCAUCGAAUCGCUCCUCUCAAGCCGCAUGGAAAUGGCUCUCCACUGACUAAACACGGCAAGCGAACCGACCGCAAUUCGGCAAACUGAGUAGCAAGUAGCAGCAACCGUUCGGAAGAUCUAAGGCCGUUUGUCCAUUUUUUUAAAUGUGUAACAGUUUUUUGGCUGUUUGAUAAUCAAAACUGUAUCGUCUCACAAACAAUGCUUCCACCAGACACACAUUGGGAAUAAGAAAUAAACAGUAGCGAGCGCGCGCGUGUGUGUGUUGUGGAGUUUGCAAAGUGCCACGAUGUAUGUAAAAUUCCAACCACUCCACAUAGACGUUAGAUCCUCAUCGAGCAGGGUGUGUCGAUAACCGGCACCGACGGUCGGUUAGUUAUGACACAGUUCGGACCUACCAAAAACCCCAAUACGUGGCAAGGAGCGGUUUCUUCUAGCGGAGUAUUAUGGCUGGAGCAUAAGUGUUGGGGAGGCUUCUUUUUAUCGACAUUAACAUGUAUGCAUGUAUUAACCUCAGAGCGGGGACGACGGCGACGGCGAUCACACGGUAGUGUAGGUAUGUACUUUUCUUUUUAAUCAUAAAACGGCAGUACCACUAAUGCAAUCCAGAACCAAAAAGAUGAAAAGAGAGGGCGGUAAACGCGUAAAUCAAAAGAAUGGUAAACAAGAAAUCGAACUACACAGUAAGCAGGUUAGGCUAAGCCCUAGGAGUAUAGGAGUAACUAACGAAAGAGUGAGACAUUCUCGAUGUGCAUGUGUGUUAGGUAUUAGGAGCGCGUGUCCAGGCUCCACGCGCAAGCGAGUGUGGACCCGUGUUUUUGAUCACAAUUUAUUAUCAUCCAUCGGUAGUGUUUAAGUUUUCGAUGUACGUGUGAGUGUGUCUUUCCCCUCCCCUUCUCGCUUGUGAGGGGCGGGUUGAGGGAAAGCAUAACAGUAAGCUUAGCCGCUAUCGUCCGUUUCUUCACAACCCGCUUAUAUAUCUUACUGUUAGGUGUGUCUGAAUCUGUUCGUUCUCCAAUGCAGACCCUUAAUUCUAUAUUUUCCUGCUGUUAUUGCGCACUCUUGCCUACCCUUCCAUGGUGUUACGCAGGAGUAAGAGCGGCCUUGUUGAUGCAUCUGGGCCGCAACCCACACCGCGUGGUCAAAUCGUGGCAUCAACACACGAACGCAGAUUAUGCUGAAGUGCUCUUGAUGUUUGGGACACUGGGGCGGUGUACGUUUUUUCCCCCGUUUUUGAAUACUUCUCUGUAGGUGUCCCGUUCAAACUGUCGCAUAAAUCGGAUCGUAAACCAUUGCAUGUAUGUGUACACAUUCGUUUUUUAUCGAAUCGAUCAUUCAGCAACAAAACAACAAAACACACUUCUUCAAACACUGUGAAACUCAAUAAAAAGGAAAAUUGGAUUGUAAACAUA